AUGACGGCCCAACGCUUCGUCUACCUCUGCUGCAUAUUCAUCCCAGUCUUGUUGGCGGCCCCAAUGCUCCUCGUCGGCCCUCCAGAGCCUUCUUUGCGCGGAGAUAGAUGGGGCGCCGUGUGGUGGUACGGGUUCCUCACGAGCCAGAUGCAGAGAGCGGGUCCCACGUUUACCAAGCUGGCGCAAUGGGCUGCCUCCAGAGCCGAUCUAUUCCCUGCUCUCCUGUGUGAUCGCAUGGGGGCCCUGCACUCCCGCGGAAAGGCGCAUUCCCUUGCACACACUCGGCGAGUCAUCGAAGGAGUCCUCGGUAUGCCACUCGAGGAGGUCUUCGAGGAAUUCGACGAAACCCCCAUCGGAACCGGUGCAAUAGCGCAGGUGUAUCGAGGCACUCUGAAGAAGGACAUCAUCCCUCCGGCUCAUCUCGCUCCCCGACGCUCAAGACGGAAAGCCGUCCUCCCUCCUCUCACCGAAGGACCUCCUCCGUCGGCUCCCACCUCAUCGGUGGCUAUCAAGGUGCUCCAUCCGCGUGUCGCGAAGAUGAUAAAUCGCGACCUCAGCAUCAUGAGCUUCUUUGCGAAUUGCCUCAACAUCCUCCCGACAAUGCAGUGGCUGUCGCUUCCAGAGGAGGUGAAUGUGUUCGGAGAGAUGAUGCACGAACAGCUCGACCUUCGCAAAGAGGCGGACAAUUUGGCCAUCUUCGAACAUAACUUCGACGGACGCAAGCUUCCGCUGUGGAGCAGUCAAGAUUUGCUAGUUGAGGAGUUCGAGAACGCCCUGCCGCUGGAAUUGUUCCUGAAGAAUGGAGGCGGUCCGUAUAACGAUACCUUGGCUGAGGUCGGGCUGGACGCGUUCUUGAACAUGCUUCUUCUGGACAAUUUCGUUCAUUCGGAUCUCCAUCCAGGGAACAUCAUGAUCAAGUUCAUGCGUCGCCAAACAUCGCGAGAGACUGGAUUCUUGUGGGACGACAGAAACCCCUCAGAAGUCAACGAUGUUGUGGUGAAUCAUCUCCGUGCUAUCUCUGGCGACCCUGUACGCUGGCGAGCUGCCUUGGAAGACAUGCACGCCGAUGGCUACAUCCCUGAGGUCGUCUUCGUCGACGCCGGACUGGUCACCACGCUGAACGCUGUCAACCGUCGCAACUUCCUCGAUCUCUUCCGGGCUGUCGCCGAGUUCGACGGAUACCGUGCCGGCCUCGUGAUUGACGUCGAGACGUUUGCGCUCCGCAUGCAACAUAUUGUACUCAACGUGAAGCGGAAGACCUUCUCGCUUGGACAGAUCAAGAUAUCGGACAUACUCAAAGACGUCCUCCAUGCAGUGAGAAAGCACCACGUCAAGAUGGAAGGGGACUUCGUGAACACCGUGAUCUCCAUCCUCUUGCUGGAGGGCAUUGGCGACAGCUGGACCCUGAGCUGGACCUGUUCAAGCGGGCGUUGCCCAUUUUGCGUCAACUGGGCCGACAAAUCUCUGGGUUGGAUGGAGGCGCGAGAGCUUGCCACGGCGGCCUUGGUGAAUGCCGACGAUCUCGUCAAGUACGACUGGCUCACCCCGGCAAUUUAA